GACCUUGGUCAUAGUCCACAAGGAGGUGCUGCUGACUCAGUGGGAGGAGCGCAUCAACACCUUUGCCCCAAGGGCGAGAAUUGGCCGGAUUCAGGGGUCUACAGUCAUCACGGAUGGCUGCCAUUUCGUCAUAGGAAUGUUGCAGUCGCUGAGUAUGAGAGGCUAUAAUAGAGCAAUUCUUGACGAGUUUGAUCUGGUGGUUGUCGACGAGUGUCACCAUGUUGCCGCCAAGGUCUUCAGCAGAGCUUUGCGCUGCCUGUGCACUCCCUACCGCCUCGGUCUCAGUGCUUAUGUUGACAGAAAGGACGGCCUGACGGACGUUAUCAAGUGGCACUUGGGAGACGUCUGCUUCCUGGUCGAGCGGAAGGGCGACUCCGGCCUGACCGUUGAGACCAUCCGUUACGAGCAGCCUGCUUACAAGGAGCCCGCCCCAUUAUUCAGGAAUGGGCAGCUCGCGCUCUGUAAGAUGAUCGACGUGCUCUGCAAUGACCCGCGCCGGAACAAGCUGAUUGUCAACAUGGUGCGCGAGCUCGCGCAGAGUGGGCGGUGCAUAUUGGUCCUGUCCGACCGGAGGGACCACUGCAGUGCGUUGCAGAAGGCGUUGGUAGAAAAGGGCCUCGCCGCAGGGCUCUUCUUGGGCGGUACGCGUAGGGAGAGCCUAGACGCCGUUGCAGAGAGCUCACAGGUCAUAAUAGGGACAUAUGCAAUAGCUUCAGAGGGCUUAGACAUUCCCCGCUUAAACACACUCGUCAUGGCGACGCCCAAGAGCGAUAUCCGCCAGACCGUUGGGCGCAUCACAAGGGGAAGCAGUUCAGCAAGCAACCCCUUGGUCAUAGACAUCUGCGACAAGUGGGGCCCUCUGAUUGCUCAGGCAAGGAAGAGAGACGCCUUCUAUCGGUCGUCCGGUUUCGCAAGAAACGUGCAGAGUGAUCGCGGUGUGUGA